UCCCACCACCUUCGACAACUCCUUUGAGUCCGGCGUUUGAUUGGCCCUUUUCCUUUUCUUCUCUCUUAAUUCUCAUUAUUUCUCAUACCCAAUUCUUUCUUUCCCACAAUUUCUCUCUCUCUCUCUCUCUCUCUCUCUCCCUCUGUUCUGGGUGCUCUUCUCUCUUCAACAAUUCUUCCACAUGGUUCAGAAUUCUCUGCAUUUCAGCUAAUUUUAUUUAGCACCAGAACAUGUUGGAAGUAUGGGACGGCCUUAGUACCAUUAGCUCCUCUCAUCAGUGCGGUUUUGCGAAGUGUCUAAGCACAGUUCACUUGCGUAUUUGGAUUGACGAACUUUUUCAGCCCAAAAAAACUAUGAAUCAAUUAUAAGGCGUGUUAUAGUGCUUUAGUUUGAUUGACAACUGCUUCUUUUUGAGUCACAGUUUCUGCAGCAGGAAGUUCGUGAAGAUAACUACAGAAUUAUAGCGAUAGGAGGUCGUUUACAUAUUCGUAUUCGAUUGACUGAAUUGGAAUUUUGCAUUGCAAGCUUGGAGAUUGAGAUGAAUAAAUUCUUGCGGCUGAUUAUUAUUGCCCUGAUGUUCAGAAUUGAUUGGAGAAAAUUGUUUAUUAUCGGAACCAUUAUUAUGAUACCUGGUGUUUUGUUUCAAAUCUUGACACUUCCCUAUCCACUGACAUCAUGGAUUCACUCCCCACAAGUAACAGUUCCCUUACACAAAUCUCUGAAUGGUGCAAUGCAUUUGAGUGAUCUUUCUCACUUGGCAUGGGAUGAACAGUCUAAACCUGGUCGUGUUGACCCACUAAUUGUUGUAUUGAAUUAUUCUGUGAAUUUGGAUCGAUCAAUGCUAAUUAAGGAAAGGGAAACUGAAGUUUCUGAAAAAAGAGAUGAAAGUAGGAUUAUGGAGCCAAAGAAUAUAGUUACACCUCCGAUGUCACCUCCUCCUCAUAGAACUGUGCCUCAUCAUUUACAGAGAUACAUAUGGUCAUUGAGACCGGAUGAGGCACUUGCAUAUGCUAAAAAGGAGAUCGAGAAUGCCCCAAUUGCCACUGAUGAUCCAGAUCUGUAUGCUCCUCUAUUCCGGAACGUUUCUGCUUUUAAAAGGAGCUACGAGUUGAUGGAACUGACACUUAAGGUUUACAUUUACCAAGAAGGAAAAAGACCUAUUUUCCAUCAUCCUCAUCUAAAAGGAAUUUAUUCAUCUGAAGGAUGGUUUAUGAAGUUGAUGGAGGAAAACCGGCAGUUUGUCACAAAGGACCCGGAAAAGGCUCAUUUAUUUUAUCUGCCAUACAGCGCACGCCAGUUGGAAAUGGCUCUGUAUGUGCCUAACUCACAUAAUAUGAAAUCACUGUCAAUCUUCCUGCGGGACUAUGUGAACAUGCUAACAGCAAAGUAUCCUUUCUGGAACCGUACUCAUGGAUUGGAUCAUUUUCUAGUUGCUUGCCACGAUUGGGGCCCCUACACAUUGUCUGAGCAUGAGGAACUGAAAAAGAACACCAUUAAAGCUCUCUGCAAUGCGGAUGUGUCUGAAAGUAUCUUUGUCGCUGGGAAGGAUGUUUCCCUCCCAGAAACCACCAUAAGGAAUCCCAAAAGACCCCUUAGAAAUCUUGGAGGAAAAAGAGCGUCACGGCGUCCAAUCCUUGCCUUUUUUGCUGGUCACUUGCAUGGUAGGGUUCGUCCAACACUUCUCAAGUACUGGCGUGGCAAAGACGAAGAUAUGAGGAUUUAUGGGCCAUUGCCCAAUAGAGUGUCCAGAAUAAUGUCUUAUGUCCAACAUAUGAAAUCAAGCAAAUACUGCAUCUGCCCAAUGGGUUAUGAAGUGAAUAGCCCCAGGAUCGUGGAGGCCAUAUAUUAUGAGUGUGUUCCGGUGAUUAUUGCUGAUAAUUUUGUCCCUCCAUUGAACGAAGUGCUUGAUUGGAGUGCGUUUUCUGUGAUCGUGGGUGAGAAGGAUAUUCCUAAAUUGAAGGAGAUUUUAUUAGCCAUCCCUAUGGGACAAUAUCUGACCAUGCAGACUAAUGUCAAGGGGUUGCAGAGGCAUUUUCUCUGGAACCCGAGACCAAUCAGAUAUGAUAUGUUCCACAUGAUUUUGCAUUCGAUUUGGUUUAGCAGGCUGAACCAGAUACAGAUACCCGAAUCAUCAUAAAUUUUCAGGAUUUCUUCGAGUGGCUUCUAGUUCAAAAAUGAUGGUUGACUUUGGUUGUGAGUCGAAUACAGUUAGUCUAACUUGCAAGGCUCAUAUGUAUUCCAAUAACUUGAGAGUUAUGACUGUUAUAAUUAUGGAGGAAUGCAACAUCAUCUUCUGACUAGGGGGUAGUUUGAGGUUGCAGAAAUGGAAAUGCCUCGAGUUGGGAACAGAGGUGAACAAAACAAUGUGAAAAAAGGUCCAGCCAGAGGAAGUGGGAUGCAAUGGAGGUAUACAUGAUUGGUGGUUUGCAUUGCUUGACUCGACUCGACUCAACUCACCUCAUCCUAGUCUUCUCUCAAUGAGGUUUGCAUUGCCUGAUGAAAUUUAUGAUAUUUUCCUACAGUAUUGCUUAUUCUUUCCCUUCCGACAAAGUGUCUUAGGUAACAAAGGAUGCUUCUGCCACUUCAAUGAGAGCUUGAGUAACAAGAACUGGAUGAACAGGGGAUAAGUUGCUAAUUUGACUGUUCUUCUCUCACCUUAAAUAUUCUAAAAUGAGCAUUGCAGUGCUCAAGGCUUCUAUCACUAUGGAAGUUCGGAAAAGUUAAAUGUUUGCAGUCUUAGCCCUGAACCCUAUGUGGAUAGGCCAUUUUCACACCUUCGAUUUGCAGACUAGUGAAGUACAACAGUAAGCACUGAUGAUGAAGAUGUUUGUUGAUCUUUGUGACACGUUACCAAGUUCACCAUUUCUUCUCAGGUUUUCUAAUUUUGGGUGGCCAAGCCUCAACUCCAUGGUCCUUAAUUGAGUUUACGUGAGCUUAUCAGCCAGACAUGGUGAGGCAGUUUGAGAAUAUUGUACUGUACUAUUAGAGAGAGAAAGCAAGUCUGUGUGUACCUAUGUUUUGAUCCUGGCUGUCUCUGUAGCGUGAGUAUCAAGAGAUUAUUUUCAUCGUGUGCAGACGUGGAUUUCUACGAUAUACAGGGUGUCGAACUGAACAUCUAUAUGUAUGUUUACAAGCGGGAUAAAUUAUUACUUGGACUGGGCA